AUGGCAGACUACAACAAUUGUCAGCAGAAUGAUACACCUGUGAAAGCUAAGGUCUGGGGCGCUAUUGAGUACUUAGAGGCUAAGGAAAUCCCUCACUACAAGGAGGAUGUGUUUUGGCACUUCAAAGUCAGCUAUUGUCAGGGAUGGGCUAUGAUAUCAGAUGACAGCAUUGAUAGGCGUCACCACCAUACUGAGGGACUUGAGCACAGAGGCAGGCCUUCAGUUAUGUCAAAUUAUCACCUAAAAGAGAUGGAUUGCAUUAUCAGAGAGGAAGGAUUUGAGGCACGGAAGCUUACUUGGAACCAAUUAGCAUGGGAAGCUGGCCUUGAAGGUGUCACAGAGCAAACAAUUGCACGCACAAUGGGUGAAACAAUGGAGUGCUCUAAGUGUAUAGCCUGCUGCAAGAGUUGGUGCAAUGACAGUACAGCCCAACACUGCAAGAAGUGGGCUAAACACAUGAAGGAGAGGUAUCCUGAGCCUUAUAUGUGGUGGCAUGUACGCUUCUCUGAUGAAGUACAUUGGGCUAUUAAACCUGGUGAGAGGUACUGCAAGGACUGCAUACAAGUGAGGGAGGAGAAGGAUACAUAUGAGAAGAAUCUUAAUAGGUCAGAUCUUAUCUUCUACAACAUCAGGAGGAAUAGCAAUGGCAAGAUGAAGCAGAAGGACUACAUCUCACAGAUCCUUGUCCCAGUUGUCAAGCCAUGGAUUGAGAGGAGUGAUACCUUCUGCCUUGAAGAAGAUAGCAACUCAGGUCAUGGGCCAGGCAAGAGCAACAUUGUGAGGACUUGGAAGGAUAGGCAGCAAGCUCAGCACUCUAACUUCACUCACUACUUCAACUAUCACAAUUCUCCUGACUUAACAAUCAUUGAGAACUGCUGGCAGCUGCCAAAGCAACACGUUGAGAAGUUUCCUCACUGGGAUGAGCAAGAUACUAAGGAUCUUGCACUUGAAGGGUGGGAGAAAAUAAGCCAACAGUUCACAAAUAAUUGUGUUGAUACUAUACCUCAAUGCCUACAAGAUUGUGUUGAUAUGGAUGGCCAAAUGACAGGUUGGUGA